AUGCAACCACCCCCUCAUUUAUGCAUCCCACCUGCAAGUGGGAUAUACUAUCCUCCCGUUCCUCCCACUCUUACCUGUCCCAACACACUCACACCCUGUCCCACGUAUCUUGCAUACAGACCCAAGACCACACCCAACGGUCCUUAUAGACCACUAGCGAUCCCCUCCGAGGGGAGGGACGAGAAUCAAGCUAGAGCGGAAUCUCCUCGAGGAAUCAUAUCAUUACCGACCUCAAGAUCCAGGAGAUCUAAGCAUCGAGCUGGGUCGAAUCAUACUACUAUAAGGAUCGAACAGCCCUCAACGACCACAUCAACACUCGGCAAUCCUCCAGCUCUUCCUCCUAAACCUAUUCGUUAUACUCCUCGACCCGAAACAGACCAAUCUUCCUCCCGCACUCAGACACAGCAAGCUUCCGAGCCAGUCCCACGACCUUCCUCCUCCACUUCCAAGAUGUUUGGUGGACGUCGAGUCAAUCCACUUCCACCCCGCCCUCCUCCAAGACACCCUAGAAGCCCAGACGAAGAUUACGGCUAUGAACGGAGACCCAUCGACGCUUCUGCUCCAGGAUGGUACGUUAACGGAGGUAGAGCCGACUCGCCUAGACCCGAUACAGAGGAGUUCGAAUAUGUCUAUCGACCUCAUGCACAAAGACAGGAAAGGGAAUAUUUCAGACAAAGGGUUUUCGCUGAUAGUAGGAAACCUCAUUUUGGAAUUUUGGGUAGUAGGUCUAGAGUUGGGGAUGUGGAGGAUAGAAGAUCUUCUAGCCCCCCUACGCAAGAUGAUGAAGUACAGGUACCUCAAAGAAGGAGACAUAGACAGAUCAGAGAGAAUGAUGAGAGUGGACCGUCGAUGUCGACUGGACGAGUACAGGGUGCUACAUCUGCACCUGAUCCGCCAGUCCCAUCCACUCGGGCUCAAUCUGGAACAUCUCGACCUACGAGACAAUCAUCCACUUCAGAACCGGCCGCCGCUCCCACGACAAGACUUAGACCAGCGGUACCGAGAGCUAGUGUACCAACUCAAGGCAGGAGCACUCACCUAACAACCCCUCAGCAACGUCCCACUAGACCUGAUCCACCUCAAUCAACGAUGAGACCUAGCGUACCCGGAGCGACGCCACAUAGAGAGCAAAGACCUGCUACUUCAACCCAUCUCAGGUCCGCUCCUCCCCCUCCUAUAGCUCCGGUUGCAAGUCGAGAUACCCAAUUUGAAGAUGAUCUAGAAGAAGAGAUGACUUGUCCGAUCUGUAUGAGUAUAUUGGUCGGUCCUCAUCAAGUCACUCCGUGUGGACAUUCGCUCUGUGGUGGAUGUGGUGUGCAAUGGAUCCAAACGAGGGCUUCGACUGGAGAUCGUGUCAAUUGUCCAACGUGCCGAGAACCUGUUGAUCAAACAAACCCUUUGACUCCUGCUCGAACACUCGAAAACCUUAUCCGAAAAUGGAUCGAUAACAAGAUUUCUACUGAAGGUGAAUGGGACGGUCUAGCAGAAUUCAAGGAAAGAGAAGAGUGCUGGCGAAUCCACAAAGAGUAUUCACCAGAAGGUAUAAUCCCACCUUCACUUCUCCGACCUUCAGCUCCAGGUAUCGCCGUUGUAGAGAGGACACCCUCCGGGACGAGAAUGCCUCGAGCAGAGUUCCCUAUACCUCACGUAUCUGAUAUGUUGGCGCAUAUGGAUUCGGUUUUCAACAGCUUCCACCGACCAAACCUCUUGCCUGUUCUUGAGGAUUCAUCUGAACGAAGGGAAAGAAGAUUACCCGGGGAUCUGGCAUUCCGGAUCAAUCAUUGGCUUGAUGAACAUCCGGGUAUAAUGGAUCACAGAUUCCACUUCAGCCUCGAGCGUCCUGCUUCGUCCGGGUCUGCCUCAGGUAGACAGUCUGGUAGACCAUUACCCAGAUUAGACAGUGGGACACAGUCGCCGGAUUUUGAUCAUUAUUGGAGGGAUCUCUUCGAAGGAAUACACGGUGAUGGUGAGAGCGAUGAACGUAAUCCCCUGCGAAGAAGGCGAUAG